UUUCUUUGUUAACAGGGGCAAAAUGCUGUUGCGUGUUCAAUUCGGCGAAGAGCAGAAAUACGUCAAGCUGUCUGAGCUGACAUUCGAUGCUUUCUUGAAAGAAGCAUGUCUAAAAUUCAACAUACCAGAAAGCAGGCAGCCAGACAUUAAGGUUUAUGACCAGUCAGACACAGAAGUUGACACAGAGGUUUUUGAAGAAAUAGUGAAGGAGUCACCUGGAACUUUCAGAAUCAUGCUGGGCAAUGGAGGACUUGGUGCCUCUCAAUCAUCAUCAUGCUCGGGUACAUCUGAUGACACCGUCAUCCUGAAUUUAAUGAUGUGUGACCCUGUUGAAGAAGUAGCCGCUGACGAAGGAAGCCAGCCUAAAAGGCCAUGCCACAUAAACUACGAGGCAAAAGCGUUGAUUGAAAAAAUCCUAACAUCAAAGCCUGGUGGUGAACGCAUUAUGCAAGAGUAUGGAAAAACCAAAUCUCUGACAGAUGCCACCAGAAGACAGAUGAUUAACAUACUUGCUGCUGAGAUGACAGAAACACAUGGGACAUCCCCCCCCAAAAGUGUCAGAGUGAUGUAUGCACAGGGGAUAGUAGCUUUGUUUCCCUAUCUAGAAGACCCAUACUCACAACAUGGAUAUGAACAUUACUACGAUCCGGAGAGUGGUUCGGGAUACCUUGCAUGGCGAUUGAAGACCAUACAAAGAAAAACAGCAGAGGAAAGAGGUGCCUCAGUCAGCAAAUCUCCUAAAGAUAUGUUUACUGAUCAGUGACAUGUGAUUAUAAUG